GCGUUCCGGAAGUGAUCUGUCGGAAGCGGCAUGGCUGCUUCCGGGGUCUGGGUUCCCACGCUGGAUUGCCGACACCAUGCAGUCCGAUGAUGUUAUCUGGGACACACUGGGAAACAGGCAAUUUUGUUCCUUCAAAAUAAGAACGAAGACACAGGGCUUCUGCAGAAACGAAUACAGCCUGACUGGACUGUGUAACCGGUCGUCUUGUCCCCUGGCCAACAGUCAGUAUGCCACGAUCAAAGAAGAGAAAGGACAGUGCUACUUGUACAUGAAGGUUAUAGAGAGAGCAGCCUUUCCUAGACGUCUCUGGGAACGGGUCCGUCUUCAUAAAAACUAUGAGAAGGCCCUGGAACAAAUUGAUGAAAAUCUCAUUUACUGGCCUCGUUUCAUUCGACACAAGUGUAAGCAGAGAUUCACCAAGAUCACCCAGUACCUAAUUAGAAUUCGAAAACUUACACUAAAGCGACAGAAGAAGCUUGUUCCUUUGAGCAAAAAAGUGGAGCGGAGGGAAAAAAGAAGAGAGGAAAAGGCAUUGAUAGCUGCUCAGCUGGACAACGCCAUCGAGAAGGAAUUGCUGGAGAGACUUAAACAAGACACGUACGGCGACAUCUACAACUUCCCCAUCCACGCCUUCGACAAGGCCCUGGAGCAGCAGGAGGCGGAGAGCGACUCUUCUGAUGCGGAGGAAAAGGAAGAUGACGAUGAUGAGGAAGAUGUGGGAAAAAGAGAAUUUGUGGAAGAUGAUGAGGUGGAUGAGAGUGACAUAAGUGACUUUGAGGAAAUGGAUAAACUGGAUGCCAGCAGUGAUGAAGAGCAGGAGAAGUCCUCCAGUGAGGAGGAAGAAAAGGCCUUUGAUGCCCAACACAAAGGCAAAACACCCCUGAAAGGCCCCUGGCGGAGGAAACGCGCGUACGUGGAAAUAGAGUACGAGCAGGAGACAGAGCCGGUGGCCAAGGCCAAAGCCACGUGACCUCCACCCGGACAUCUGUAACAGGACUGAGCAUGGUGAACUUUCUCCUCUUCACGUCGCACCUCCAGCUUUUACUCCUGAUGUUGUAUUCAACACAAUAUUUGUGUUUUUGAUAUUUAUGCCACUUCAGUGGGGCAAGAAGUGUGGGGGGGACUGGUGGAAAAGUUGUAAACAGAGUAUUUUUAUAGCUUUGGCAUGUGUUGAAGUAACACUUUGUGUUCAAGAAGCCUAACAGAUGA